UAAACCAGGAGACAGUUAUAAGACUAUUACACACGGACUUGGUAAAAACCCAGAUUUGGUUGUUGUACAGUUAAAAAUGAACGAUGGCAAUGUUUCCGAGGCAGCAGGUGUGACAUUUAAUUCACAUGCCUUUACUCAUCAAACUAUCUGCGGGACUGUUUUUGCAUUUAAUGACCAAGAAAUCCGUCUUUGGUCUAUGUCCGAUUAUGUGGCUUGUGCAGACGAUGGAUGGGGAGCAGAGAGCUUUAGUGGCGACACUGCUAGUCUGUAUAUCCAGGCCUGGAUACUCGACUCCUGUAAUAAGCAUUUCUCGACACAAUUCACACUUGAUAAGAGCGACACAAACACUGUCGAGCGAGUGAGUCUGGAUUCGGUGUAUAGUUUAGAUUCAGCAUUUGUUUCUGUUCUGAUGAAAGUAUCAUCUCCAAACAACGACGGUUUCAUUUUUCACGCUGGCGGUAGUGCCAUGAUUGAUACAUCUAAUGACACAUAUGGAGCUAUAAUAUACGGAUACAAUGAGACAGAAGUUCUGCUCUGGAGACCAUCCCAGACAAAUACAAAUGGACAUUUGGUUUACGUGGGUGGAGAGUGGGGAGACGGGCAAAGUAAUCAAGAAAGUGACUUUGUUGAAGUCAUCGUUAAAGUUAUUGACAUUACAGAUUGUCCAAUCCCUCCUGACAUUUUCAAUGCAUAUAAGCUAUAUGAUGGAGUAACUAAUGGUAGCAAAGCUCUGUACGCUUGUAAGACUGGGUUCACUGAAAGUUCUGAUGACGUCAUGAUUAAGUGUAUAGAGGGCACAUGGUCUAAUUCGGCAAUGUUCUGUAAAGUUGUUUGUCCAUCACCUCCCACUGUUGAAAAUGCAGCAGUUUUUGUGCAGGACAAUAGAGCAAAAUAUUUCUGUUUAACGGGAUAUUUCACAUUGAAAAAUACAGUUGACGUCAUUGAAUGCAGAAACAGUAUCUGGCCGUCCACUGACUUUAAAUGUAUAAAAUAUUGUCCUGAUCCACCUAACAUUGCUAACGCUGACGUUAUGGUCUCUAAGAAUGUUGCUCUAUACUCCUGCCGCGAGGGAUUUCUUCCAAAAUCUGGAAACAACACAACAAACUGCUUACUAUAUGAGUGGCAGAAGACAAACUUCACUUGCUACGCGUCAUCUUGUGGUCCAGUUCCUAAUAUAACAAACGCUGAUUUUCUACUUGAUAAUGACGUAGCCAUGUAUGCAUGUCGCUAUGGAUACAGACCAACAAAUGCAGACAAUAAAAUAACACGUAUGUCUGGAAAGUGGACCCAUACCAGUUUGCAGUGCCAAGAUACAACAAAGGGACUCAGAAGCUAUAUCACCAAUGAGACGCUUGCAGAAUGGAUUCAACAGAUGAAGAAGAAUCUAUCCGUUCAUAAAUUAAACACCAGUGCCUAUAACAGAAGUUUGAUCAGUGUUUACGAAUCUCGUCCCAGUGCCGUACAGAUAGGAAGUGUUGGGGUCUUUCUGAUAAGUUUUACGAUAGUAAUUUUAAUUUUACCGGAUAUAGUUGCUCUUGUCAAAAACUUGUGUAAAAAAAAUAAAUAAGAAAUUUUGUCAACGUCGUAGGGGAAGGGAUGCAAAAUGAUGAUUGCUGUGAAAUCGUGUAUUUGGAGGGGGUUAAUUUUCGUGGU